AUGCCGCCCGUUAACCACGCUGCUGUCUCAGCUGGCGUAAUUGCCAUUUCCGUUGCAGUCGCUGCUGCGAUAGCCGUCUAUGAGUCUCCCGAACUCCGCCGCAUGGCCGACGACCUCCGCCGGCGCAUUGCGAUAGCACUACACUCACUUGGCGACAAUGUCUCGCCCAACGAACGCGGCGAGCCCGUCUUCAACCGACCAGAGGAUGCCGAGGGCUUCUUGCAGUCUCGCGGCUCAGGAGAGAAUGCCGUGGACGCAGACGACGAGACGAGGCGCAGACAGCGCGAGGAGCUGAUGUAUUGGAACAGACUGCGCGAGGAGAAGAAAGAGAAGGAGCUCAUGGAACUCAAGGAGGCGGCAGAGCACCUGCAACGCCAGAGCUCCCAGCAUGGGUCCACUUUCGACGACUUCAUGAGGCAAGACAAGGACGCUGAGAAAGGCACCUAUGUAUUCAACUCUGGCACAGAUGUGCAUGGCGAUGAAGGCUUGGUGCACCGUCGACCUCACGGCGUCCGUGGGCUUAACUCAUCGGUCUAUGCUAAUCCUUUCGCUGACGAAUACGGCAUCGACGUCGAUGAGCCCGAGGCGGAGGAAGGGUCCAAGCUCAUGACGCCUGAUCGCCACGAGAUCAUGUCGGACAUCUACAGCGCUACCGAGCCUGACGCGCAAGCUCAAGUGCAGACUGAGCCCACAGCCCUGGGCGAGGUUCUUUUCGAUGCGGCAGAAGAGGUCCGGACCGAGUCUAGCAAGACUCUCGAGCGCGAGCUCGGCCCGGACGAGUUCAUGACUGCCGGCCAAGACGACCGCAGCAACGAUGCCUACACGUCGAUCCAAGCGUGGGCCCAAAACAGCUCCAACCCGGGCUUCUACUCGCCACUCCCAGCCACUCCCUCCGCACCAAUGUCCGAGCCCGAAGUGAUUAGCGAAGGAAUGCUCACUCCGACUGACUCGGCGUCUACUGCCGGAUCUGGAGAAGACAUCGCCAACGAAGUGGCCUCGGAGAGCGGCAACGAGGGCACGCGCUACUACGAUGUGAUGAGCGAAGACGAGGACGGCAUGAUGACACCGGCAAGCUGGACCGAAGUCGGCAGUGUUGUCAGCGAGAGCGACGCCGGUGCAUUCCGUACGCCUGCUCAUGCGUAA